AUGAGGACAAUCAACUGUUUCAUAUUGCACAUGCUGAUAUUCUCAGUCCUGUGUGUUCUGGUGAGCAGUUUUAUAAGUCCACCACGUUCGCGAUCAAGUGGUAAUCACUUGGAACAAGAGUUAAAGAAAGUUGAACAAUUGGGAGCUAAGCUUGAAGAAGACAUUGUGAUAUUGAGUGAACAGAUUAAUAAUCUGAUAUGCAGGAACGAAAGUGGUAACGCAUCGAUGGUAAAGCGAAGCCUACAAUCAAAAGUAGCAUCGAUGCAAGAUCAGUACUCAUAUGGCCAACAGCAACCGAUGCAACAACAAUCGCAACAACAGCAACCACAACAACAACAGUCACAACAACAGCAACCACAACAACAGCAAUCACAACAACAACAACCACAACAACAAUACUACUCAUCCAAUAUGAUGAUGAAGAGACAAAUGGGAGGGAAAAUUAACCAAAAUUCACAACAACCAAUGAGCGCAUACUCCCAAUAUUCCAAUUCAUACGGAGCACAGAGUGGAUAUGGACAACCCAUUGGUCAAUCACAAAUGAUGAAACGUCAAUAUCAGUCAAAACUAGCACAAGCUUACUAUCCUUCACAACAAGGUCAACCACAACAACAAUAUGGAUAUCCACCUAUUGAGCAUCACAUGCAAAUGGGAGGGAUAAAUAUGCAACCUCAACAACUCCCAUAUUUUCAACAACCUCAAUAUUACGAUAACAUAGGAUUUGAUGAAAAUCAACAAGACAGUUAUGAGCCUGUUGAUGGGCCAUAUGUUUAUGAUGACAACGUCGAAGAACCGGUUAUGGGUGAUGUGGUGA